UUGUAUGACCCUUAAUUUGGAUAUAACCAUUGUUUCGUAAACACUUUGCUCAGGGUUAAGUAAUCUUGAUAAAACUAAACCGAGAUUAGCAUUAACAUUGUCAAAAUGACAUCAGUGCGGACUAUAUAUUUAUUUAGGAGAGGAAGAUGCUGCAUUCAAAUCGCCAACCAAAGACUUCAGCACUCAGCUGCGACAGUAACACAAAAAAAUAAAGAUGUAGACAGUACAUCAAAGUAUGCAUCAUUUGAUUGGCGUGAUGCUCUAAAUCUUGAAAGUCAGUUGACAAAUGAAGAAAUUAUGGUUCGUGACCAGUUUCGUAGUUAUUGCAGUGAUAAACUUAUGCCUAGAAUACUGAUGGCCAAUAGACAUGAAAAUUUUGAUUCAGCUAUCAUGCGUGAAAUGGGAGAACUUGGUGUUCUUGGACCAACUAUUAAAGGUUAUGGAUGUGCUGGACUGUCAUCCGUUGGUUAUGGUCUUAUUACAAGGGAGUUGGAAAGAGUUGACAGUAGUUACAGAUCAGCUAUGAGUGUUCAAUCCAGUCUUGUAAUGUGGCCAAUUUAUGCUUAUGGAAAUGAAGAACAACGACAAAAAUAUAUUCCUAAACUAGCAACGGGGGAAUCUAUUGGAUGUUUUGGAUUAACAGAACCAAAUCAUGGCAGUGAUCCAGGUUCAAUGGAAACUAAUGCCAAAUAUGAUAGUAGUAAAAAAUCAUAUAUAUUAAAUGGCUCCAAGUCUUGGAUCACAAAUUCUCCAAUCGCUGAUGUGUUUAUAGUAUGGGGUAAACUAGAUGUAGAUAAGAAUAGGAUCAGAGGGUUUAUUUUAGAAAAAGGGAUGAAAGGUUUAUCAGCACCAAAGAUUGAGGGUAAAUUCUCACUACGUGCCAGUAUUACAGGACAAAUUGUCAUGGAAGAUGUGGAAGUUCCGGAGGAAAAUCUCUUACCAAAUGCUACUGGGUUAGGGGGACCAUUUGGUUGUCUUAACAAUGCUCGUUACGGUAUUGCUUGGGGUAGUCUUGGUGCGGCAGAGUUUUGUCUUGAUACAGCCAGACAGUAUUUACUUGAUAGAAAACAAUUUGGUCGUCCUUUAGCCAAAAAUCAACUAUUACAGAAGAAGAUGGCAGAUAUGUUAACUGAAAUAUCACUAGGGUUACAAUCUUGUAUACAAGUUGGUCGAUUAAAGGAUGAAGGGAAGGCAGCACCAGAAAUGAUUUCCCUUAUAAAACGAAACUCUUGUGGAAAAUCAUUAGAAAUAGCUCGUCUUGCUAGAGAUAUGUUGGGAGGAAAUGGUAUAUCUGAUGAAUACCACAUAAUACGUCAUGUGAUGAAUCUCGAAGCUGUUAAUACUUAUGAAGGUACUCAUGAUAUACAUGCAUUGAUAUUAGGUCGGGCUAUCACAGGACUUCAAGCAUUCACAGCUGAUAAUUAAAUUAAAAAGUUAAUUAAAGAAUAUCUUUGUGAUUAAGGACAAAUUAAAGUAGUGAAGUACCGGUAGGUUUAUCCAAUGUGUUAUAUCGAUUAGUGAUGAAGCAAGCUCUUAACAAUUAGACUUAUAUAUCAAGAAAUUAUGCAGAAGGCGGCUUAUUUAUUAAAAUUAGUUUCAUUUUCAAAUGUUGGCAGUGAGGCUGAAAGAUGGUUAUAUAUGAACACUGGCUGUAGGGUAAAAUAUUUGAAACAGAUUACUCUUAUGUAAUUGUGACAUGAGAAAAGAUAGGUCCUAUGUGUUCUUAUCUGAAUAUUAUUUUUAUUGUUAAUCUAUGAAUCAGAGAGAGAAGAAUGUUUAAAUGUGUGCAUCUAUUAGGUCAAUGCCUAGAAUCUUGUCUUCAGAAUUGUAUAUAAAAAUUGUUAGAAAUAAUAAUGCCACACUGAUAGAGUUGAUAUGAAUAUUAAUAUUGUUGUGGUUUUAAUAUUUGUAUAAGUAUUACUUUGUACAUAAAUUGCUGGAUUUGUAUCCAGUGUAAAUAGAUAUAAAAUAUGAAUAGUGCUGUGUUUUAUAUAGAAAGUUAAAUAAUGAAGUAUGUAUAAUGUAUGUAACAUUUGAGAAUAAAUAAUGUACAGAUUCCCCCAAACCAGAAGUUAUACAUGAAGUUCAAACUUUUGAAUCACCAAAUAAACCAAUGUAAUAUAGGUUAGACAGUAUUAACAAAUUAAAAACAAGACAUAUUAAGAAACAAUUAUCUGAAUUUGAUGAAAUGCUUGUCUUGUACAUGUAUAGGCAAAUGAUCUUGAUGAAAAGUAGGCAGAUAUGUAGAAAAGAAAAGUCAAUCAUACAUCAAAAAGAUCAUCUUAUCAUGAGCAAUUUAAUAUCUUGGUAGGGAUGGGAUUGUAUAUUCUAAACAUAAUAAUGAUUUUUAACUGAAAAAAAGAUGAUCUCCGAUUUUACUUUGAUAGGUAUCCUUCCUUAUUGGGAUAAAUAUUAGGUAGAAAAAUUAGUAUUAUAUUAGUCUAGUAUUACAUGUAAUUCAGCCUCUGCAAAAUAAACAUAUCAGACUUGU